AGUUGACCACUCAUCAUGUCACCUCAAGUCCUACUCGAGCAGCAGGGUCGCGAGCGUGGCCUGUUCGUUGACUGUGGGGACAUAGUCCAGAACGGUCUGGUCGGUGUUGCUAGGGAGAGGUUCGGCAUUCCAGAAGAUGUUGAUUUCGAGCUGCGAUACGGAGGGUUCAUCGGCGGCGCCCCAGUGGUUACUGUUGCCUUUGGGUCGGGGUUGGUAGGCGGAAAGGGUGGUUUUGGGUCCUUGUUGAAAGGCCAGAAAGGACGUGGUAAGAAGACGACCAACUUCGAUGCCUGUCGGGACCUCGAUGGCCGUCGAAUACGUCAUUCUAGGAUGACUGAGAGGAUACAGGAGUUCGAGGAGAGGCAGAGGGAAGACGACGAGCUGGUUGCAGCGUUGAAAGGGCCUGAAGAAGACAGUGCUACCAAGGCCACUCGAAAGGCGGUGGAGAAGGAGGUCAAACUGGAUAAGGAAUACACUAAGGCCUUGAAGGAAUCUGGGAGGGACCGGUCAGACCUUAUCCGGAAGGGUCUCAAGAACAGUGGGCUUACUCCCUCCGAAGCCAUAGCAGGAGUUUUGGCUCCUUCCUCUAGCAGUAGUUCUAGUAGUAGCUCGAGCAGACCUAAGAGAGCUAUUGAAUUAGAGAAGGGCGAGAGCGAGGGAACUCCUGUGAAGAAGGCGGCUAAGAAGGACAGUAUGGCCAGAUUUGACGCCAUGCUGGGCCUUGACGGUAGUAGUGAUGAGAGCUCGGAUGAUGAUGAUGAUGAGGAGGAUAAGACCGACUAGGACUUCGAUCGAGAAGAUUGUACUGUAUCAUAACGUUGAAAC